AUGAACAACAUGAUGAUGAAGAAGACGACGACCCGAGGUCGGAAAAAGAUCGAAAUCAAGAUGAUAGACGACUUGAGCAACAGGCAAGUAACCUUCUCCAAGAGGAGAGCCGGUCUUUUGAAGAAAGCUAGUGAACUUUGCAUCUUAACCGGCGCAGAAGUUGCAAUUGCAUCAUCAUCAUGUGUUGCUGAUCGGAACACCUCAUUGGUUGCUGAGAUACAAGAACACAACCAACACUAUGCCAAAGUUUCUGAAGAAUUGGAGAUUGAGAGAAAAAGAAAGGAAACCAUUGAAGGGUCGAAGGUAGAGAAUAAUGGGAGUUUUUGGUGGGAUGAACCAAUUGAUAAUAUGGGGUUGGAGGAGCUUCAACAAUAUAAAGCUUCAUUGGAAGAGUUGAAGAAAACGGUGUUGAUUAGAGCCGAUGACAUUGAUGCUGUUGAACGGUAA